GCCUAAGCGCAGACGCACUAAGCCCAAGCAGCCAGUGAUGGCGGCAGCGGCGGCGGUGGCUGCCGCGGGUCCGGGCCCAUGAGGCGACGACGGAGGCGGGACGGCUUUUACCCAGCGCCGGACUUCCGAGACAGGGAAGCUGAGGACAUGGCAGGAGUGUUUGACAUAGACCUGGACCAGCCAGAGGACGCGGGCUCUGAGGAUGAGCUGGAGGAGGGGGGUCAGUUAAAUGAAAGCAUGGACCAUGGGGGAGUUGGACCAUAUGAACUUGGCAUGGAACAUUGUGAGAAAUUUGAAAUCUCAGAAACUAGUGUGAACAGAGGGCCAGAAAAAAUCAGACCAGAAUGUUUUGAGCUACUUCGGGUACUUGGUAAAGGGGGCUAUGGAAAGGUUUUCCAAGUACGAAAAGUAACAGGAGCAAAUACUGGGAAAAUAUUUGCCAUGAAGGUGCUUAAAAAGGCAAUGAUAGUAAGAAAUGCUAAAGAUACAGCUCAUACAAAAGCAGAACGGAAUAUUCUGGAGGAAGUAAAGCAUCCCUUCAUUGUGGAUUUAAUUUAUGCCUUUCAGACUGGUGGAAAACUCUACCUCAUCCUUGAGUAUCUCAGCGGAGGAGAAUUAUUUAUGCAGUUAGAAAGAGAGGGAAUAUUUAUGGAAGACACAGCCUGCUUUUACUUGGCAGAAAUCUCCAUGGCUUUGGGGCAUUUACAUCAAAAGGGGAUCAUCUACAGAGACCUGAAGCCGGAGAAUAUCAUGCUUAAUCACCAAGGUCAUGUGAAACUAACAGACUUUGGACUAUGCAAAGAAUCUAUUCAUGAUGGAACAGUCACACACACAUUUUGUGGAACAAUAGAAUACAUGGCCCCUGAAAUCUUGAUGCGGAGUGGCCACAAUCGUGCUGUGGAUUGGUGGAGUUUGGGAGCAUUAAUGUAUGACAUGCUGACUGGAGCACCCCCGUUCACUGGGGAGAAUAGAAAGAAAACGAUUGACAAAAUCCUCAAAUGUAAACUCAAUUUGCCUCCCUACCUCACACAAGAAGCCAGAGAUCUGCUUAAAAAGCUGCUGAAAAGAAAUGCUGCUUCUCGUCUCGGAGCUGGUCCUGGGGAUGCUGGAGAAGUUCAAGCUCAUCCAUUCUUCAGACAUAUUAAUUGGGAAGAAUUGCUGGCUCGGAAGGUGGAGCCCCCCUUUAAACCUCUGUUGCAAUCUGAAGAGGAUGUGAGUCAAUUUGAUUCAAAGUUUACACGUCAGACACCUGUUGACAGCCCAGAUGACUCAACUCUCAGUGAAAGUGCCAACCAGGUCUUUCUGGGUUUUACCUAUGUGGCUCCAUCUGUACUUGAAAGCGUGAAAGAAAAGUUUUCCUUUGAACCAAAAAUCCGAUCACCUCGAAGAUUUAUUGGCAGCCCACGAACACCUGUCAGCCCAGUCAAAUUUUCUCCUGGGGAUUUCUGGGGAAGAGGUGCUUCAGCCAGCACAGCAAAUCCUCAGACGCCUGUGGAAUACCCAAUGGAAACAAGUGGAAUAGAGCAGAUGGAUGUGACGAUGAGUGGGGAAGCGUCAGCCCCACUUCCAAUACGACAGCCGAACUCCGGGCCAUACAAAAAACAAGCUUUUCCCAUGAUCUCCAAACGACCAGAGCACCUGCGUAUGAAUCUAUGACAGAGCAAUGCUUUUAAUGAAUUUAAGGCAAAAAAGGUGGGGAGAGGAUUUAUGAGUAUCCUGCAGGGUGAAACACCAAGGCUGGACAUGACAGUCUCGAAGACUCAGUGUCAUUACAUAGAACACUUUGGACGGAGGGAAAAUAAACCUGGAUUUUAAAAAAUCAAUCAAUGGUGCAAAAAAAAAACUUAAGCAAAAUAGUAUUGCAGAACUCUUAGGCACAUCAAUUAAUUGAUUCCUAGUGACAUCUUCUCAACCUUAUCAAGGAUAUUCAUGUUGAUGGCGUGAAACUGACAGUAUUAAGGGUAGGAUGUUGCUUUUGAAUCACUGUUGAGUUCUGAUUGUGUCGAAGAAGGGUUAUCCUUUUAUUAGGCAAAGUAUGAAAUUGCCUGUAAUACUUGCAACCAAGGACAAAUUAGCAUGCAAGCUUGGUCAUACCUUUUCCAGCAACAUGGAAUCAAAGACAAAAGAAACUUAUCAAUUGAUGUUUUACGUGCAGACAACCUGAAUCUUUUUUUUAUAUAAAUAUAUAUUUUUCAAAUAGAUUUUUGAUUCAGCUCAUCAUGGAAAACAGCCCAAACUUUAAAAUGCGAAAUUAUUGGUUGGUGUGAAGAAAGCCAGACAACUUCUGUUUCUUCUCUUGAUGAAAUAAUAAAAAUGCAAAUGAUCAUUGUUAACCACAGCUGUGGCUCGUUUGAGGGAUUGGGGUGGACCUGGGGUUUAUUUUCAGUAACCCAGCUGCAAUACCUGUCUGUAAUAUUAGGAAAAAAAUCUAUUUAAUCAUUUCUAUUUGCAGUACUGCUAUGUGCUAAGCUUAACUGGAAGCCUUGGGAUGGGCAUAAGUUGUAUGUCCUACAUUUCAUCCUUGUCCUGGGCCUGCAUUGCACUGGAAAAAUAUCGCCACCUGUUCCUAUACCAGUAUUUGGUUCAAGACGCCAAAUGUGUUCAGCCUGUGGCUGAAGAAGGAUGGAAGAGAGUCAGGAUAAAAUGCAUACUGAGGGCAGCAAAGUGAGAGAAAUAGGGAGAUCCAGGGGAAGAGGGUGUUGCCAUAGUCCACUCUCUAUGUCUAAUCUCUUUACAGCAGAUUGGUAAGGUUUGAAGUUUUACUUUUUACUGUCUACCUUCCUUACAUUUUUUCCUCAACAGUUUUAAAAGGGAAAAGGUUCUUUUCUCCUAUACUGGGGCUACAUUUUUUGAUUGUAAAAAUAUUUGAUGGCCUUUUGAUGAAUGUCUUCCACAGUGAAUAAGAAAACUUAGUGGCUUAAUUAAGGAAACAUGUUAACAGACAUUAUGUUUUUGAAAUUGUAACAAAAUCUUCAGUGAUUUACUGGUACACAGAAUAAAAAUAAAGGUAACUUUACCUUUCUUAAAUACUUCCUGCCUUAAAGAGAGCAUUUCCAUGACUAGCUGGUGAAAGGGUUUAAUAUCUGCAGAGCUUUAUAAAAAUAUAUUUCAGUGCAUACUGGUAUAAUAGAUGAUCAUGCAGUUGCAGUUAAGUCUUAUCGCCUCUUUCUGUCUUUUAUAAUGUCUUUAGUCUGAGUGUGCAAAGUCAAUUUGUAAUAUUUUGCAACCCUAUGAUUUUUUUUAAAUAGAUGCUGCUUGCUGUGUUCUCCAACCUUUUUGAGCCAUAGGAUCCAAGCCAUAAAAUUCUUUAUGCAUGUUGAAAUCAGUCAGAAAAGAGCAAAGCUUUGCUUAUUUUAAUGGCAGUUCAAGUGAGAUGAGAUGAAAUCCUAUGACAUUAAGUAAAAACAGAUCCAUGAAAAAUGAUUGGAAAUAUCUUUUCAAUUGUGGCAAUAAAUGAAAGAAUUGAUAACAGUUCAUCUUUGGACAGAAAGCUUUUUUUU